GCUUUCCGGGAAGGGUUGGGUCCUGGACCAGACCAGCAUCUUUGCCCAGGUCGAUGCCUUUGUCCAGCGCUGCAAGGAUCUCCUCGAGGUCUGCGACAGCCAGCAGCACUUUGCCCGCUGGGAAGAUGGCAAACAGACCCCGCUGCCCUGCUUCUUUGGCCAUCAGGGCCCGCAGAUGGCCCGGAGUUUGCUGGAAAUAGAGGAGACGUUCCAUAAGUAUCUCAACAAUCUCCGGAAUGUGAAAGGGGGGAUCCUGGACGUGAAGAACACUACCUGGCAUGAAGACUUCAGCCACUUCCGUGCAGGAAUCAAAGACCUGGAGGUCAUGACCCAGAACUUGAUCACUUCAGCCUUUGAGACAGUGAAGGACGUAGAACAUGGCGUGGAGAUCCAGGACAUCUUCCAUCACUUGUCAUCCCGGGAGGCCAUCAAGCGCACCUUUGACAAGAAAACGGUUGACAUCUACAUGCUCUUCAACAAGGAGCUUUCCCUAGUCAACAAGGAACUGAGCAAAAAGAUCCCUUUCUUGCCACCGUACAUGUGCCAUUACUCGGGCAUGGCCCACUGGAUGCGUGCUCUGAGGCGGCGUGUUGACAGACCCAUGGAGUGUCUCACCAAAGCCCACUUUAUCCCUCACAUUGGGACUGGAGAAGAGAGCUUCCAGGCUUAUCAGCUUCUGGUGCAGGCCAUGGAUGAGAUCGAGAGAAGGACCUUCCAGGAAUGGACCCAGGGUUUGGACAAGGACAGCUUGAAGCGCCUGGAUACCCCUUUGCUCAUUGCGAGCACUGAACAGUCAGGAAUGCUGGAUAUCAAUUUUGACAAGCACUUGCUAAAAUUAUUUGUGGAAAUCCAUUAUUGGGAAAGGGUGCUCUUUGAGAUUCCCCAUUAUGUGGUGGAGGUGUACGAACGGAAAGAGGACUUGAGGAACCUUCGGGAGAACUUGCUGCUGGUGGCCCGAGACUACAACAGGAUCCUCAGCAUGCUGACCCCAGAGGAGAGGGGCCUCUUCCGGGAGCGCAUCCGCUACCUAGACAGAAAGAUCCAACCUGGCUUGAAGAAGCUCCACUGGUCCCUCAAAGGGGCAAGCACAGUCUUCAUCUCUGAGUGUCGCCUCCAUGCCAGCAAGGUGCAGAACAUUGUGAAUGAAUACAAAGCUGCCACGUUGGCCAUUGCUCACCGGGCCCAGCAGAUGAGCGAGGCUCUGCUGGUACGGAUCACUGGUAAGCGGGUCUACAAUGACCUGGAGUUUGAGGAGGACCAGAAGGACCACCGGGACCUGGUGCAGAAGAAGCUGGUCACUUUCCACGAAGACAGCAUCACCAUCAUGCGGCAGACAUACGAAGUUUUCAAGCACGAUGGGCCAGAGGUCCAGCAGCACUGGUUCAAUUACACCAUCCGGAUGGACAGGAUGAUGGAGGACGCCCUGCGACUGAACGUCAAAUGGUCCCUGAUGGAGCUCUCCCGGGCCAUCAACGGAGAUGGCAAGACCAGCCCCAACCCGCUCUUCAGGGUGAAGGUUAUUCUGCAGGACAAUUCCCCUGGGCAGAACCCCCAGGUGGAGUUCUCCCCCUCACUCCUACAGCUGGCAAAUAUGGUCAAUGACAUCAGCACCCACUUGAUCUCCAGCAUCGCUGUCUUCCGGCAUCUUCCAGAGAUCCUCGUCCGGCGCAAGUUUGCCCGCGAUCCCAUUUCUGCCCUUGUGGAGCGGGAUGAAGACGUCAAGAAAAUCCAGGCCCAGAUCAACAGCGGCAUGCAGAGCAACGCCACCCACCUGCAGGCCUACCUGAAGACCUGGGAUGUGUACCGAGAGAUCUGGGAAGUCAACAAAGACGCCUUUAUCAAUCGCUACAGGCAUCUCAACCCACUGGUUUCAUCCUUUGAUGCUGACACUGCUCGGUACAUGGAGGUGGCCAACAACGUCCAGAAGGAGGAGACGGUGCUGAGCAUCCAGUUUGUGCUCCUGGAUUGCUCCCACCUGAAGGCGGCCGUGGUGCAACACUGCAACGAAUGGCAGAAUAAGCUCACCAACCUGCUGAACGAGAUGGCCAGCAGCCGCCUGAGGGAGCUGCAUGCCUACCUGCAGGACAAUGUGGCCAGGAUCAACUGCCCUCCGCAAACCCUGGAGGAGCUUAGCCAAAGCCUCCAGCUCCAUGAGACGCUGCAGAACGAGCUGCCCAAGAUCGAAGGGCAGAUCCCCCCCAUCCACGAGCAGUUUGCCAUCCUUGAGAAGUACGAGGUGGCGGUGGAGGAAGAGGUGCUGCAGCUGCUGGGAGAGCUGAAUUCGGAGUGGCUGGCCUUCCAGCAGUGCAUCCUGGACAGUGAAAUCAUGUUGAAGAAGCACAAGGAGAAGUUCAAGACGGGCCUGAUCCACUGCGCAGAUGACUUCAAAAAGAAGGCCCAGAAUCUUCUACAGGACUUUGACUUGAAUGGUCCUUUCACCAGUGCCAUCUCAGCUGAUGCUGCCCUGGAGCAGAUCUUUGCAAUGAGACAAUUGCUGGCCAGCAUGAAGGAGGAGGAGAACGCCCUGCGCUCUAACCUGGGCAUCUUCAAGAUCGAUCAGCCUGCCUCCAAAGACCUUCAGAAGUUGGAGAGGGAGCUGGACUACAUCCAGCAAGUCUGGGAGAUCACUAAGGAAUGGGAGGUUCACUGGGAGGAGUGGAAGAAUGGGAGCUUUAAGACCCUAAAGACAGAAGUGAUGGAGAAUACUGCCUUUGCGCUUUCCCGGAAGCUGAAUAAGUUGAGCAAAGAGCUUAAGGACCGGAACUGGGAAAUAAUUGAGACCUCCAAGACAAAGAUUGAACAGUUUAAGAGGACAAUGCCCUUGAUCACUGACCUCAGGAACCCGGCUUUGCGAGAGAGACACUGGGACCAGGUGAAGGAUCUGGUCCUUCGGACAUUUGAUCAGGAUGCUGAGGACUUCAGGCUGGAAAGUAUCAUUGAAUUGGGCUUGGACAAACACGUGGAGAAGGUUGCUGAGAUUUCUGCCUCAGCCACCAAGGAACUGGCAAUCGAGCAGGCUCUUGAAAACAUCGCGAAGACCUGGGCUGUCACUGCAUUGGAUAUUGUGCCUUACAAAGACAAAGGGCACCACCGAGUCAGAGGAACUGAGGAUGUUUUCCAGGCUUUGGAUGACAAUCAGGUGGCCUUGUCUACCAUGAAGGCUUCACGUUUUGUGAAGCCGUUUGAGAAGGAGGUGGACCGCUGGGAACGCUGCCUCUCACUCAUCCUGGAGGUGAUUGAAAUGUUACUGAUCGUGCAGCGGCAGUGGAUGUACCUGGAGAACAUCUUCUUGGGAGAAGAUAUCCGCAAGCAGCUGCCUGGUGAAUCGUCCUCCUUUGACCGUAUCAACGGCAGCUGGAAGACCAUCAUGGACCGUUUUGUCAAGGACAAUAAUGCUCUGCGUGCUACUCAUUACCCAGGACUGCUGGACAAACUGGUAGAAAUGAACGCUGCCCUAGAAGAUAUCCAGAAGUCCCUUGACAUGUACUUGGAAACCAAGCGCCAUAUCUUUCCCCGCUUCUACUUCCUAUCCAAUGAUGAUCUCUUGGAGAUCUUGGGCCAGUCCCGUAACCCAGAAGCUGUCCAGCCCCACCUCAAGAAGUGCUUUGACAACAUUAAGUGCCUCAAAAUUCAGAAGAUUGGCUUGACCAACCGGUCUGAAGCCCUCGGCAUGUACUCUCUGGAUGGUGAAUAUGUGGAUUUCACCCAUUCUGUACUGCUGGAAGGACCUGUGGAGGAGUGGCUGUGUGAUGUGGAGCGGGCCAUGCGCUGGACUUUGAGGGAGGUGCUGCGGAACUGCCGGCUGGCCCUGAAGAAGAUGUUGACCAAGCGGGACAAAUGGGUGAAGGAGUGGCCCGGACAGAUGGUGAUCACCGCUAGCCAGAUUCAGUGGACGGCAGACGUGAGCAAGUGUUUGGCCACCUGUAAGGACCGUGGGGACAAGAAGUACCUGAAGGUGAUGAAGAAGAAGCAGGUAUCCAUGCUCAACAAGUAUUCGGAGGCCAUCCGUGGCAACCUGACAAAAAUCAUGCGCCUGAAGAUUGUGGCGCUGGUGACAGUGGAAGUCCAUGCCCGGGAUGUCAUUGAGAAGCUGUACAAGAGCAGCUUACUGGAUGUGACCUCCUUUGAAUGGCUGAGCCAGCUUCGCCUCUACUGGGAGAAGAACUCUGGGCGGCUGGUGAUCACACCCCUGACUGACAGGUGCUACAUGACACUGACCACAGCCCUCCACCUCCACCGAGGAGGGUCCCCGAAAGGCCCUGCAGGCACUGGCAAGACCGAGACCGUGAAGGACCUGGGCAAGGCGCUGGGCAUGUAUGUGAUCGUGGUGAACUGCUCAGAGGGCCUGGAUUAUAAAUCCAUGGGGCGCAUGUACUCCGGCCUCGCCCAGACGGGAGCCUGGGGGUGCUUUGACGAAUUCAACCGCAUCAACAUUGAGGUGCUCUCGGUGGUGGCCCAGCAGAUUCUCUCCAUCCUCUCCGCCUUGGCUGCCAACAUGACGCGCUUCACCUUUGAAGGCCACGAGAUCAACCUGGUGUGGUCUUGUGGCAUCUUCAUCACCAUGAACCCAGGGUACGCAGGGCGCACAGAGCUGCCUGACAACCUCAAGUCCAUGUUCCGCCCCAUCUCCAUGGUCGUGCCAGACUCCACCCUCAUUGCCGAAAUCAUCCUCUUCGGAGAAGGCUUCAACAACUGCAAGGUCCUGGCCAAGAAGGUCUACACUCUUUACUCCCUGGCCGUGCAACAGCUCUCCAAGCAGGACCACUAUGACUUUGGCCUCCGGGCCCUCACCUCUCUGCUCCGCUACGCUGGGAAGAAGCGCCGGAUGCGGCCUGAUCUUUCUGAUGAAGAG